GUACUGAAAUGAGAACUAGAACCUCAUGCAUGGUAGUGAAAGAUAAGCUUGAACUGAGACUUUAUGAAGAUAGAUACUACAGACUCAAGUGUUAAUAAAUCUGCAUAUAGUCCUGCUAACCUUAGUUCAUUUUAUUCUUGUUAAUGUUUGUGCAUAUAUGUAAAGUCUGGGUUUUUUUGUAGUAGUAGUAUUUGAUCUGACCAUGUUCUUAGCAAGUGCAGUCUGUGUGUUAAAAACCAUGUAAGAUGUGAAGGUGGCUGUUGUUAUCCUGUGCUCGGCCUUUUGUUUUAAUGUAAAGAGCCAUCCCCAAGGUAGCACAAUUUUUCUCUGUGAUGACCUCUGAUAUCCCAGUGUCACUGCUUUUCUGCCCUCGCAUAAUUUUUGUGAAUUAUUUGUGGGCAUGUCUGAACAUGUCCACUUUUCUGAAUUACUUCUGUAGCAACCUCAGUGGAUAGCAUCCACAAAUUGUUGCUCCUUGGAAGGCAUAGUUAGGAAUGCAGCAUUUAUAUUAUAAGCAAUGAUUUCUUAACACACUCUGAAUUUAAGCUGGUGAAAUGGAAAGGUGACUUAUAAAAUAUAUGCUUCAUAAAUAAAAUAAGACCUAGAAGAUUGUUUGGAUGGGUGAAUGAAAACCCCAUCAUCUACGCUCCAUGGUACAGAUGGUUGAGUCCAGGAUACUGUGUGCAAAUUAUUUCACCAAUCACUAACACUUUUCUGCUGUAGUCAGCAUUUGAGCUAGAAAACAAGUGAGCAUGUGUGGAAAGAACUUCAGAUUUGCUGUUAGUCAGGAAAACAUGCUGGAAAAGAGGGUGAUGCUUACCUCUAAAAAAGAGAGAUUUGGGGAAGAAAUUAAGAUUAGUUUUCUGGCUGAUGUCUGUUUGAUUUCUUGUCUUUCAUUUGAGCUCUUGCAUUCAGUCCUGUUUCAAGGGCAACCCCUAGACCUAGAGCAAGAUCAGCAGGGCAGAAGAUGGGAACAUAGAAUACAAGCUGAAGCUAGUUAAUCCGUCCCAGUACCGCUUUGAACACCUAGUAACACAGAUGAAGUGGCGUCUGCAAGAAGGCCGUGGCGAGGCAGUGUACCAGAUUGGUGUAGAAGAUAAUGGGCUGCUAGUAGGACUGUCAGAAGAGGAGAUGCGUGCCUCUCUCAAAACACUGCGACGGAUGGCUGAGAAAGUUGGAGCUGACAUCACUGUGUUACGGGAAAGAGAAGUAGAUUAUGACAGUGAUAUCCCCAGAAAGAUAACAGAGGUUCUUGUUCGAAAGGUUCCAGAUAAUCAACAGUUUCUAGAUCUGCGAGUGGCUGUGCUCGGGAAUGUGGAUUCAGGCAAGUCAACUCUCUUAGGUGUCUUGACUCAAGGAGAACUGGAUAAUGGGCGAGGUAGGGCUCGUCUCAACCUCUUCCGACACCUUCAUGAGAUUCAGUCUGGGAGAACAUCUAGCAUCAGCUUUGAAAUCCUUGGCUUCAACAGCAAAGGAGAGGUGGUGAACUAUAGUGAUUCACGGACAGCUGAAGAGAUCUGUGAGAGUUCCUCCAAGAUGAUCACUUUCAUUGACUUAGCUGGCCACCACAAGUAUCUGAAAACCACCAUUUUUGGACUCACAAGUUACUGUCCAGACUUUGCAAUGCUGGUGGUGAGCGCCAAUACUGGAAUUGCAGGUACAACACGAGAGCAUCUUGGCUUGGCAAUGGCCCUCAAAGUUCCAUUCUUCAUUGUCAUUAGCAAAGUGGACUUGUGCUCAAAAGCCACUGUGGAGCGGACAGUGAAGCAGCUGGAACGGAUCUUGAAGCAGCCCGGCUGCAACAAGCUUCCCCUGUUAGUAACAUCAGAUGAUGAUGCGGUCACAGCAGCACAGCAGUUUGCCCAGUCUCCCAAUAUCACACCUAUCUUCACCUUGUCCAGCGUUUCUGGAGAGAAUCUGGAUCUCCUGAAAGUGUUUCUCAACAUCCUCCCACCUCUGACAAAUAGCAAAGAACAGGAGGAGUUGAUGCAACAGCUGACUGAAUUUCAGGUAGAUGAAAUCUAUACUGUACCUGAGGUGGGCACUGUUGUUGGAGGAACUCUGUCAAGUGGGAUAUGUAAAGAGGGAGAGAACCUGGUGGUUGGGCCAACUGAUGAUGGCAAGUUCAUCCAGCUGAAAGUGUGCAGCAUCCAGCGAAAUCGUUCAGCGUGCCGUGUACUUCGUGCUGGGCAGGCUGCCACUCUGGCUCUUGGACAUUUUGACCGCUCACUCCUGCGUAAAGGCAUGGUGAUGGUGAGCCCAGAGAUGAACCCCACCAUUUGUUCAGUGUUUGAAGCUGAAAUUGUUCUGCUCUUCCACGCUACGACUUUCCGGAAGGGAUUCCAAGUAACAGUGCAUGUUGGCAAUGUGCGGCAAACAGCAGUCAUGGAGAAGAUCCAUGGGAAGGACAAGCUGCGAACAGGAGAAAAGGCCGUGGUUUGUUUCCGAUUCAUUAAACAUCCGGAAUAUUUGAAGAUAGGAGCCAAACUUUUGUUCCGUGAAGGAGUUACCAAAGGUAUUGGACACGUCACUUACAUUCAAGCUAUUACCACUGGAGAGAAUAGCCUGGAACAGAGCCUGGAUUCUGAGCUUGUGAGUUUCUGACCCAUACCAAAUCUAAAGCUGGCAUAGGGGAAAGGAAGGAUAUCGCCUCACAGUGCAGAGCUGCUGCUGGCCAGUAAAUUUACAUAGGCACAUAACUCUUCUGCACUUUGGAAGCCAGACUCACUGCUUAGUUUGCGUGCCCUUCCUGAAGCAAGUUAAGCAUGUUGUUUGACAUCAUCUGCUGCUUCCAAACCUCUGUCCUUCCUGGAAUAGACAAGAGAAUGGCUGCAUUUUUGCCUGGGCUGGCAAUUCCUGUUCUGUUGGCUUUUGUUGGGAAAUUAUUCCCAGGUAGAGGACAAAACUCUUGGUGUGUUGUACGUUGGGGAUUCUGCCACCUUUGAGGCCACAGUUGUGAAUCUCUAUCUGCCUACAAGGCUCAGUUGCUUGGUUGUCCAGCUACCUGGUUUUGCAGGCUGCCUAUGAAAAAUGAAGAACCAUGAGUAGAAGCUACAGCUGGAAGUUUUGCAUUGCCCACAGUACAGCUCAUGCUGUUUCAUUUACUUAUUAUUAAUUUCAUUUUAAUCUAAGCACUCCUCCAGUCCCUCUCCACACACAUUGGCUACCUGACUUUUAUCAGCUAAUGUCAGAGUCUCAUGGGAGUGGGGGGCAAAAGAAAAUGGACAUGCCCUGAAAUUAACACUUCUUUCUCUUGAAUAGCAUGAGAUGGGUCCUGUAGUUCCUGUCAUGUAUUUGCAGGCACCUGACCAUUUCUUGCUCAGCAAAGUAGGUGCCCUUUAUGUGACCUGGCAUCCUGUUGCAGAGCUGGCUCAAAAUAGCCUUCAAACACCUCUCAGUACAUUUGCUAGAUACUUCCUGAGCUAAGCUGGUGAUGUUGGUCUUGAUUGUCUGUCCAGUUUGACUUUCCUGAUGAGUGCACUGAUAUUCCAGUCCAACGUGUUCCUUGGGAAAAUAUGCCUUAAUUUCCCAUGGUCAAAUCCACAAGGGUUGUUUUGUCAUCACAAGAAAAUUGGAAAUGUUACAAUUACAGAUUCUGUCCAGCUUUGCCAACUGCAGUAAUUUGUAUAUAUUACUGGUCUUUUACAGAAAUCAAUCUUUAUAAGGUUGAAACUUUGAAAGUAUAGUUGUUUCCUGAGUUGGCAAGGAUAGGACAUUCUCAGGUGCUGAGGGAUCCAUUUUUAAUUUUCUUGAAAUAAAAUUUAUUGUAAAAGUUGGCAACACAAUUUUUGCGCAACUAUUCCUCUAUCUUAACUACUAGUGCAUUAAGGGUCCAAAUACCUGAACCAACAUGGUUAGCUAAUAGGCUGACCUAUUUUAUCUGCCAAAAACCCUUCCCCUGUGCUGUUUCAUCUGUCCUACAAGUUUUAGAUUAUUCAAAGCAACUGCUCUUGGGAUUUAAUGUGCUUCUGUUAAAUCUGUAUAGCUAUACAGAAAGUUAUGGUGUUUUUAAGCAGAACCCAUGAUCUUAGCUCAAUCCUUUCUCUAAUACAGUGGACAGUUGCUAUAAAGCACUAAUAAACUUGGUCUAAUUAUGACUGUUUUCUGAUGUAAAGGUUUAUCUCCCAACCUCCCCUUAAUAAUUUGGAUUGGUAAAGCAUUUUAGAAUCACCUGUUUUAGAAAAUAUAAGGAAGAUUAGCCUUCCACUACACUGAGAGGUGUGUUGCAUGUUUACCUAUGGAAGGAAUAAAUGCAUUUGCUACAAUUUACAAUGAUGGCAAAGUUGACUCCAUUUAAAAUACAUUCAAGGGUGCUUUUUCCACUCUUACCUUUUGACAUUUGGUUGACUUAUUCCCUUACCUUUUGUUGUGUGUGUUCUCGGUGCCAUGCUUUUCAUAUUCACUGUUAGUGGAUUCUUUAAAAUAGGGAGAUGUUUUCACCUCUCUACAUAUAUAAAUAUGUACAAAUAAAGAUGUUUUAUUGAAAAAAUAAA